AUGAAUUCAAGGGAUCAAUUCUCCAUCACUCAAGACAUGGGCGGUUGCGGCUGCGCGGGGGUGCCGGGCCCGUGUAACCAGGUGUGCGUUUCCCCCACAGAGGAACUGAAGGAGUACUUCUCCCAGUUCGGGUCAGUACAGAGGUGCCAGCUGCCGUUUGACAAAGAUACAGGCUUUCACAGACGUUACUGCUGGAUUAAAUUCUCAACUCCAGAAGAUGUUCAGAAUGUGUUUCAGAAGGACUCCCACAUACUUGAAGGUGCCAAGCUCACUCUCAAACAGCAGUCCCGUAGAAGACGCAGUCAAAGAAAGAAUCAAAGUGAGUGAGCGGUGGAAGGAGGCUUUAUUUCACUAAAUGUAAAGAAACUAAAAUAAAGAUUACUGAGAAAC